AUGACCCCUCUCCUUCUCAGUACUCCUGCAUCUGCACAAGAAGAGGCGGGCUUUGCCUCGGCCUUUGUCGCAUACGGCCAUUAUCUUGGCUUGGUCUUGUCUGCAGCCUGUCUCGUGACCGAGCGCUUGACUGUGAAAGCUGGGAUGACCAGAGAAGAGGAGCAACGAUUGCAAGUCACGGAUGCGGUAUAUGGACUGGCUGCUGUGCUCAUUGUGGUUACAGGCUACCUGCGGGUUACGCAGUAUGGGAAAGGCUGGGAGUUCUAUCAGCACGAACCGAUAUUUUGGGUGAAGUUAUCUCUUAUUGCGGUCACAGGUGCUGUCUCCUUUUUCGUGACGACCACGGUUGUGAAGCGUGCCAUCGCGCAAAAUGAAGCAGGAGAUAAGGACAUUGCACCCGUGUCAGAGAAACUGGCCAAUCGCAUGACCAGCGUGAUCAAUGCGCAGCUCCUGGCGAUCGGCUCCAUCCCUUUGGCUGCUACGCUCAUGGCGAGGGGGGCCUUCUAUGCCGAUUGGCUGCCGUGGCAGGCAGGCAACGAGUACCUGCAAGGCUGGGCCGCCAACGACAGGCCGUCGCACCUGCAGGACUUGUUCCUAUCGGGUCACGUGACUCCGGAGAGGGACGAGGUUGUUAUUCUAACACAGGUGCUCGCGGACACCAUCAACACAGGCUAUGACAGUGGCUGGGUUGGGGCUCCACUGGUUGAUCAGGUCAAUGGAGUUGCCGUGCGAAAUUUGCAGCAUCUCGUUGAGCUCGUCGACACGUGCCGCAAGCACGCUUCUUCGGACAGUAUACUCGGUCCGAGACUGGCGCCUUUCAUCGCUCGGAUGACAGAGUUCAAGCGGACCACGCAGGCUGUGGAUGAGAUUGAGGCCACCACACAAGCGCUGCUUGAUGGUGAGACUCGAGAUCUACAGCACUUGGGCGAGCUCAUCGGCAAGACAGGUCCGACGGUUGAAAAGCUGAGCCGGAAGGCCGCCGAAACUGACCCGGCGAGACAAACAUAUGGACCUCAAAUGCGAGAAAAGGUUCUUGCACUGGCCGAAAGAUGGGCAACUGUCGGGGGCCUGGCGCGCGAUGUCCUUGCAGCAAGAGGAGGCAACGUAGUCAUGGCCUCGGAGGAAGCCGCCGCCCCGCCGCCGCCUCCGCGACCGCAGAGCUCGGUGCUCUGGCAGCCCCCGCAGGCAGAAGCACAGCGCAGUAUGCCAACCUCAUCUGCUGCGCCUGCACCUGUGGCGGCUGCACCGACGCAAAGUGAGCGACGAGCACGGGCAGCGGCAGCGGCUGAGAGCCGAGCAAAAGGAGGCAGCAGCUCGAUCAUUGCAGAGACUGCUCCUGUUGCACCGAAACUCCCGCAGCCAGUGGUCGCAAGGAUGGAUGCCUUGAUUCAUGUUGUGCACUGCGUUUUCGUUGGCCACGGCUACACCAGCGAAGAGAAGCAGGAGUGCUGUGGUCACUAUCGCUUGCUCUAUGCUCAUGAUCAUAAGCCGCCCAUUCGAGUAACUUACGUCCCUUUGCAGCGGCAUCUCGUUACAUAUGCUGCUUCCGUGCAGUUCGACAAUCCACUCAAGGCGACCGUCCAGGUUGGCAUGCCAGCCGCCGCAGUUCAAGCGAAGAUCGACUACUUGCUGCUUUACCCUUUGCUCUACCGCCAGUGUGUGCCAAUGUUGACGGCCACACCGCCUGAGGCGCUCUUUGGCUUCAUCUGUUGCCUUUCGAUUCCAGCUUUGUCAGCGGUGAGUUCGACUUGCCGAAGCCUUUCUUCAUCAAUCAUGGACGAUGAUAUUGUUUGGCUGCGGGUGGUGCUAUCUCUGCCCCAAAGCCAACACAUCCAGCAGGAGCUGGACGCGUUGAGGAAACGAGAGAGCAACGGAGAGGCCAUCCCACGUGGAGCCUACCGCAAUCUGGUUCGUACCGAGGUGCAACGCGCACGUCGGGAAGCUGAAACCGCACAGCGCCGAAGACAGGAAGCUUUAGCCGAGCGAGGCAGGCUAAGAGAAGGGCUGCUUCAGCCACGGCGUGCCAUGUCAUUGGCGGACCACACGAUUUGGAGCCCCCUGGUUUUCGACCACCGUUGCAGCCUGAGUAUGCACUUAGACUUGAAAGCCGCUAGACUGAGUUGA